AUGGAGCAUACAAACGCAACUACGUUUAAAUUUCUUUCAUUAGGAGGAAGUAACGAAGUGGGACGGUCAUGUCACAUAUUACAAUACAAGGGUAAAACAGUAAUGCUCGAUGCAGGGAUUCAUCCCGCAUAUCAAGGGCUAGCUUCGUUGCCUUUUUACGAUGAUUUUGAUCUUUCCAAAAUCGAUAUCUUGUUGAUCUCGCAUUUUCACUUAGAUCAUGCCGCUUCACUUCCAUAUGUGAUGCAAAGAACAAAUUUUCAAGGCAGAGUUUUCAUGACACAUCCAACUAAAGCAAUUUAUAGAUGGUUGCUACGAGAUUUUGUAAGAGUUACCAGUAUAGGUUCUUCAUCUUCUUCCAUGGGGGGUAAAGACGAAAGCCUGUUUUCAGAUGAGGAUUUAGUUGACUCCUUCGAUAAAAUUGAAACAGUGGAUUAUCAUUCUACUGUGGACGUCAAUGGUAUCAAAUUCACGGCAUUCCAUGCGGGCCAUGUUUUAGGUGCAGCGAUGUUCCAGAUAGAAAUUGCUGGCUUGAGGGUGUUAUUUACAGGGGAUUAUUCAAGGGAAGUUGACCGUCACUUAAAUUCUGCUGAGGUUCCUCCACUUUCCUCUAACGUACUGAUUGUGGAGUCUACAUUUGGCACAGCCACUCACGAACCCCGUUUAAAUAGAGAAAGGAAACUGACUCAACUGAUUCAUUCCACAGUGAUGCGAGGAGGUCGUGUUCUAUUACCUGUUUUCGCUUUGGGGAGAGCCCAAGAAAUAAUGCUUAUACUGGAUGAAUAUUGGUCUCAACACGCCGAUGAGCUUGGUGGGGGCCAAGUUCCAAUAUUCUAUGCGUCAAAUUUGGCCAAGAAAUGUAUGAGUGUCUUUCAAACCUAUGUAAAUAUGAUGAACGAUGAUAUUCGAAAAAAAUUUAGAGACUCUCAGACUAAUCCAUUCAUAUUCAAGAAUAUAUCAUAUCUAAGAAACCUAGAGGACUUUCAAGAUUUUGGUCCCAGUGUAAUGCUUGCAUCUCCAGGUAUGUUGCAGAGUGGUUUGUCAAGAGAUUUACUUGAAAGAUGGUGCCCCGAAGAUAAGAAUUUAGUAUUAAUCACCGGUUAUUCCAUCGAAGGAACGAUGGCAAAGUUUAUAAUGCUUGAACCGGAUACAAUUCCUUCCAUAAACAAUUCUGAAAUAACCAUUCCAAGACGUUGUCAAGUUGAAGAAAUUUCCUUUGCUGCACAUGUUGAUUUUCAAGAAAAUUUGGAGUUUAUUGAAAAGAUUAGUGCACCAAAUAUUAUUCUUGUUCAUGGGGAGGCCAAUCCUAUGGGUCGUUUGAAAUCUGCAUUACUAUCAAAUUUCGUCUCCUUAAAAGGCACAGAAAAUGAAGUACAUGUUUUCAAUCCUCGAAACUGUGUUGAAGUAGAUCUUGAAUUUCAAGGCAUCAAGGUUGCAAAGGCUGUAGGAAAUAUUGUGAAUGAAGUAUAUAAGGAAGAGGGCAGAGAGGUAAAAAAAGAAAUUUCGAUCAAGACUGAGCCUAUAAAAGAAGAAAACGAGAAUAAGCUGGAUUCUCGGGCUGAGAAAGAUAUAACUAAUGCGGAUGAGCUCAGGGAUAUUGUUGUUUCGGGAAUUUUGGUUUCAGAUGACAAAAAUUUCGAAUUAGACUUUCUUUCUUUGUCUGACCUGAGGGAACAUCAUCCUGACCUUUCUACAACAAUAUUAAGAGAACGUCAAUCAGUUCGUGUAAAUUGUAAGAAGGAGCUCAUUUACUGGCACAUUUUGCAAAUGUUUGGUGAGACUGAAGUCCUCCAAGAUGACGAUAGGAUAACAAACCAGGAACCAAAGGUCAAGCAAGAAAAAAGUAACGAACAAAAUUAUUCUGGUAAAUUGAUUCUGCAGAUAAUGGGAGAUAUUAAAUUGACUGUUGUCAACACUCUAGCUACUUUAGAAUGGACUCAAGAUUUGAUGAAUGACACUGUGGCAGAUUCCAUUAUUGCAAUACUUAUGAAUGUGGACUCUGCUCCAGCCAGUGUAAAACUUUCGAGCCAUUCUUGCGAUGACCACGAUCAUGACAGUGUGCAAUCUUAUGGACGAAUCAACACGGAUGAGGUAUCAAGAGUGAAACAGAUCUCAAGGUUGUUCAAAGAACAGUUUGGUGAAUGUUUCACCUUGUUUCUCGAUAAAGAUGAGCCUGCAAGUAGUAACGAAGAAGCUAUAAAUGGAGUUAUCACUAUAGGUAAAAACACUGCUAGGAUUGAUUUCAGCAACAUGAAAAUUUUAGAAUGUAAUUCGAAUCCAUUAAAAGGUAGGGUGGAAAGUCUUUUAAAUAUUGGCGGCAACUUGGUUACACCGCUCUGUUAA